GGUUUGGUCUCCCAGCUUCUCCUGUCUGUCUUUUUGCCUUUGUCUUCAAAGAGGGGCUGUUAGUUUGCUGUGUCUUGCUCCCCAGUGAUUUCUAUUUAUCUAGAUGGAUUCAUAGGAAAGCUGGUACCCAGAGAGCUGGGUUUCUGCAGCCUCUUUCACUGGAAUCCACUUUCCCUUCUACAGAUAAAGAAGCAAGGACACACCAACAUGAGGACAGUUUGCUGGAUUCUGGCAGGUUUUUAUGUGCUGACCUGCUGCAGGUCAGAAGGAGGACUGGACUUUCCUACCUAUGAUGGAAAAGAUCGAGUGAUUGACCUGAGUGAGAAGAACUACAAACAGACCUUGAAGAAAUAUGAUAUGUUUGGGGUGCUGCUUCAUGAGUCCGUGACAUCUGACAAAACUUCUCAGAGACGUUUUCAAAUGACUGAGAUGGUGCUGGAGCUUGCUGCACAGGUCCUAGAAGACAAAGCCAUUGGUUUUGGGUUAGUGGAUUCCAAGAAAGAUGCAAAACUUGCCAAAAAGCUAGGUUUGGAUGAAGAAGGAAGCCUAUAUAUUUUUAAAGAGGACCACAUCAUUGAGUUUGAUGGGCAAAUGGCAGCAGAUGUUUUGGUUGAAUUCCUCCUAGAUCUGAUGGAGGAUCCAGUGGAAAUUAUUAAUAACAAACUGGAGCUACAGGCCUUUGACCACAUGGAAGAGGAAAUCAAACUGAUUGGCUACUUCAAAGGAGAAGAUUCGGAACAUUACAAAGCAUUUGAGGAUGCAGCUGAACACUUCCAGCCCUACAUAAAGUUCUUUGCCACCUUUGACAAAGGGGUGGCAAAGAAAUUGGGACUGAAGCUAAAUGAAGUGGAUUUCUAUGAGCCCUUUAUGGAUGACCCAGUGCAUGUCCCUGACAAACCAUAUUCAGAAGAAGAACUGGUUGAAUUUGUGAAUGAGCACCGAAGAGCCACGCUGCGCAAGUUGCGUCCGGAUGAUAUGUUCGAGACCUGGGAGGAUGACCUGGAUGGAAUUCACAUUGUGGCAUUUGCUGAAGAAGAUGACCCUGAUGGCUUUGAAUUCCUGGAGGUUGUCAAGCAGGUUGCCAAAGACAACACUGACAAUCCUGAUUUGAGCAUUGUAUGGAUUGACCCAGAUGACUUUCCUCUGAAGAUCCCCUAACCUCCAGAACAGAUUUUCAGAGGCACGGAGGUGGAAAUAAGCAAACAUUGGAAUGGAAUUACCAAACAUUUCCAAUGGAAAUGUGGCACACCACUUUUUCAGUCUCCCUAAAAGGAACAUUCCUUAAAAAUGACCAUCCACAAAGUCUUUACGUUUCUUUGCCACUUUGCUGCUAGAGUCCUAACCAACUUCUGCUUCUCUGAGAACAAUGCUGGAUGCACAUUCUGUGAUGAGCUUCAUGUGCAACAGUGAAGAACCAGCACCUGCUUGCCUUUACCUAAGACCACCCAGACAUCUGCCUAUCAGCACCAAAUCCAGGUGUACUUCCAGAUGAAGAGCUCCUAGUACUGCCAUUUAGAAGACACUGUGUAGCUAUUUCAUCCUAAUGUAUGUUCUCUGGUGCAAAGAUGGAAGAAAUGGUAGAAAAACACAGUAAUGUUACUAACAGACAAUGAACCUAUAAAAUCUUGUGAAUAAAGCAGAACACAUUACAUGAUAAUGCCUCA